CGGCGGCUCCCGGCGGCGGCGGGAGGCGCGUCUCUCCGGCCCGGCCCGCUGCGAGGAAAAACUGCAUAGAAAAUCUAAUGGAUGAAGAUGAGAAAGACAGAGCAAAGAGAGCUUCGAGAAACAAGUCUGAGAAGAAGCGUCGGGACCAGUUCAAUGUUCUCAUUAAGGAGCUUAGCUCCAUGCUUCCUGGCAAUACAAGGAAAAUGGACAAAACCACCGUGUUGGAGAAGGUCAUUGGUUUUCUGCAGAAGCACAAUGAAGUCUCAGCCCAAACAGAAAUCCGUGACAUUCAACAGGACUGGAAACCAUCGUUCCUGAGCAACGAAGAAUUCACCCAGCUGAUGUUAGAGGCACUGGAUGGCUUUAUCAUUGCUGUGACACCAGACGGCAGCAUCCUCUAUGUCUCCGACAGCAUCACUCCUCUCCUAGGACACUUGCCGUCGGAUGUCAUGGAUCAGAAUUUAUUAAAUUUCCUUCCCGAACAAGAACAUUCUGAAGUUUAUAAGAUGCUUUCUUCCCAUAUGCUUAUGACAGAUUCCCCCUCCCCAGAAUACUUCAAAUCUGACAACGAUUUAGAGUUUUAUUGCCAUCUUCUCAGAGGCAGCUUGAACCCAAAGGAAUUUCCAACUUACGAAUACAUAAAAUUUGUAGGAAAUUUUCGCUCUUACAACAAUGUGCCUAGCUCCUGCAAUGGCUUCAACAACACUCUCUCAAGAUCCUGCCGGCUGCCAGUAGGGAAGGAAGCCUGUUUCAUAGCCACCGUCCGUCUGGCCACACCACAGUUCCUGAAGGAGAUGUGCAUAGUUGAUGAACCUUUAGAGGAAUUCACUUCAAGGCAUAGCUUGGAAUGGAAAUUUCUGUUUCUGGAUCACAGGGCCCCACCCAUCAUUGGAUACCUGCCCUUUGAAGUCCUGGGCACCUCGGGCUAUGACUACUACCACAUCGAUGACCUGGAGCUCCUGGCAAGGUGCCACCAGCACUUAAUGCAGUUUGGCAAAGGGAAGUCUUGCUGUUACCGGUUUCUGACCAAAGGACAGCAGUGGAUCUGGCUGCAGACUCACUACUACAUCACCUACCACCAGUGGAACUCCAAGCCUGAAUUCAUCGUGUGUACACACUCAGUCGUCAGUUAUGCAGAUGUCCGUGUAGAGCGGCGACAAGAGCUGGCUUUGGAAGACCCACCGUCCGAGGAUGCCCAUCCCACAGGACUGAAGGAGAAAGGUUCAAGCCUGGACCCUCAGCAGCACCUGGCUGCCCUUGACAUGGGCACCUCUGGCCUUAGCACCAGUCACUCACCAUCAGCAUCCUCAAGAACUUCCCACAAGUCUUUGCAUACGGCCAUGUCCGAACCCACCUCCACUCCGAGCAAGCUGAUGGCUGAAGCCAGCACCACGGCUUUGCCAAGAUCAGACCUCUCCGUGCCGGGGCUUAGCCAGUCAGCCACAAUGCCGGGACCCCUGGCCACCCCAGCCACUCGGGACCUCACACAGCAACUCCAACCCCAGACCACCAUUCGGAACUCACCCAGCCCUGUGGCACAGUUCUCAGCCCAGUUCAGCAUGUUCCAGACCAUCAAAGACCAGCUGGAGCAUCGGACUCGGGUCCUACAGGCCAACAUCCGGUGGCAGCAGGAGGAGCUACACAAAAUCCAGGAGCAGCUGUGCCUGGUCCAGGACCCCAGCGUGCAGAUGUUCCUGCAGCAGCCAGAUGUGUCCCUGAGCUGCAGCAGUGCCCAGCUCCUACUGAGGUCAACCACGCGCACGCAGCUGCAGCUGCCAGGACAGGUCUCAGCCCAAGCCCCAACCCAGCACCAGCUCAGAGACGCCAGUGUGAUGCCCACUCAGGGGCCCAAGCCAGGACGGAGCCCGCAGCUGCUGCCUGCCCCGUUCCACAGCACCAACGCCGUGCUCCCCUCUCUGAGCCUUCCCACGCCGGCCUCUGCCAGCCAGGAUGCCAGCCAGUGCCAGCCCAGCCCCGACUUCAGCCAUGACCAGCAGCUCAGGUUGUUGCUGAGUCAGCCAAUCCAGCCCAUGAUGCCUGGGUCCUGUGAGGCGCGGCCGGCCGCCGAAGUCAGCAGAACUGGACAGCAAGUCAAGUAUGCACCAAGCCCAGCAGGAUUCCAGAGUCCCGAAGUGCACACAACCAGCAGCAGCAGCACCUCAGGCCCUGUUCUGCUGAUGGGCCAGGCUGUGCUGCACUCCAGCUUCCCUGCCUCCCAGCCAUCACCCCUGCAGCCCGAGCAGGCCCAGCCACAGCAGCCACAGCACUUCCUGCAGGUCCACACACCAACCUCCUUGCCCAUGGAGCCGCAGGGCUCCCUGCUUUCUCUUCCUACCCCUCAACUGCCUGCGAAUCUGAGUUAUCCCCCACCACAACCGCAGUCCUCAAGCCUUCCUCGAAGGGUCAGCAGUCUGUCUGAAUCCUCAGGCCUCCAGCGGUCACCCCGGUAGUGUCCUGGCACCUUGUUCUAGUAACAGUCAGCUGUAACUGGUGUACGCCCAGGCCAGGUGGCAAAGGUAGGGUGGGGGGAAGGUGUUGAAACGGAAGCCUAUGCUUAUCUGCAUCCUGCAAGCAUUUCAGCAGCCCAGGGUGACCCACCAGCCCCCUGUGCAGAGCUGGCACACUGGUGAUUGCCUGGAAAGGAUGACAGGCCAUGCCUUCUUGCCCAGUGCUUCGCAGACAUACACUCCAACCAUCCUUGAUGGGAAUCAAAUGUUGACCACGUGCCAGUCCUCAGUUUACCUUAGCCAAGAAGCAUCUCGCUGUACCCUCCGGAAACACAUGGGUACUGCAGACAGCCAGCCCGGUUCAGGGGUCCUCGUUGGCUCUCUGAUCCUCUUGGCG